UGUCAACUGCGCUGUUUGCGUUUUCCUGCAAUAUUUUUUUGUAAUGAGGAAAAUAGUUUUCGUUACAGUUAAAUUAAAUACAUAUGUGUGUUCCGUGCAUGUUAAAACAUAAAUACAAUAAAUCUGGUGUUUAAAGAAGCAAAACUUUCUAAUAGCCUCAAGGAAUACCGUGACAUCAUUUCUCUAACAGUUGGCGGUUAGAGAGAAAAGAUGAGUAGCCAACACCAGUACAUGACGGUGAACAACACACCCAGCACGCGGGUUGGGGACAUUGAACAUAUCAGCCAUCUAUCCGAACACAUUGGCUCACUAUGCCUCUCCUCCGAAUACUCCGAUGUAACCCUGAUCGUAGAGGGGCAGAGGAUCCCCGCCCACAAGGUCAUCCUGGCUGCCAGCAGUGACUACUUUCGCGCGCUGCUGUACGGCGGCAUGAGGGAGGCCAACCAGGCUGAAGUAGAGCUACAGGCACCGCUUCAGGCCUUCAAGGCACUGCUUCGCUAUGUCUACUCAGGCCACAUGGGUCUCUCAAACCUCCGUGAAGACACAGUCCUGGACAUGUUAGGACUGGCCCACCAGUUCGACUUCCAAGAGUUAGAGGCCGCCAUAUCAGACUACCUGCGACAGGUGUUAGCGCUGCGCAACGUGUGCUCCGUACUGGAUGCCGCCAGACUCUACGGCCUCGACGCAUUAAUGGACUACUGUUACAAUUUCUUAGACAGAAAUGCCACAGAAGUCCUUCAACAUGACUCUUUCUUACAGUUAUCCGUUGAGGCACUGCAAGGUCUUCUAGAGCGUGACUCAUUCUUCGCGCCCGAGGUGGACAUAUUUAAGGCGGUCUGCAAGUGGUUUGACGCCAACCAGCAAUGGGUCAAGUCUGAGAGCGGACAGGCACAAGUGGAGAAGAUCCUAAAAUGCGUGCGUCUAACAUUAAUGAACCUCGAGGAACUACUGCGAGUUGUCCGACCAUUCGCGCCCGUUACCCCCGACAUGUUGCUCGACGCCAUCCACGAUAAGACUCGAACCCGCAGCACGGACUUACGUCAUCGUGGAUUAUUACUACCCGAAGAAAACGUGGCAACACUAAAACGAGGGGCUCGCGUCAUCGCUGGCGAUAUGCGCUCAGCGCUCCUAGACGGCGAUUGCGAAAACUAUGAUAUGGAGCGGGGAUAUACUCGACAUACCAUCAGUGACGAUCCCAACAACCCGGGGAUACUAGUUCGACUCCCGGCCCCGACCAUCCUGAACCAUUUGAGGCUGCUGCUUUGGGACAGAGACAACAGAUCAUACGCAUACUUCAUAGAAGUCUCAGUGGACCAGAAAGACUGGGUGCGAGUGAUCGACCACAGCAAGUACUACUGUCGCUCAUGGCAGAACCUGUACUUCCCGGCCAGAGUGGUCCAGUACAUCAAGAUAGUAGGCACCAGCAAUACUGUCAACAAGGUAUUUCACGCAGUGGCUUUAGAAGCGAUGCAUACAGCGCGCGUGCCUCCACUGAGUAACGGCCUCGUCCGGCCUCUACACAACGUCGCCACCGUCGAGUUGUCCGCGGUCGUCAUUGAGGGCAUCAGUCGGUCCCGCAACGCGCUCCUGAACGGCGACACGGAGCACUACGACUGGGAGCAGGGCUACACGUGCCACCAGCUCGGCUCCGGCGCCAUCGUGGUGCAGCUCGCGCAGCCCUACCUGCUCUCCUCCGUGCGCCUGCUGCUGUGGGACUGCGACUACCGCCACUACUCCUACUACGUGGAGACCAGCGUCAACUACUGGGACUGGGAGACCGUCUGCGACCGCACCAGAGACGCCGCCAGAUCGUGGCAGGUGAUAUACUUCUCUCCGCGUCCAGUGUCCAUUAUUCGCGUCGUCGGAACUAACAAUUCAGUUAACGAGGUGUUUCACAUGGUGCACUUGGAGUGUCCGUCGCAGGUGGAGGAGACCCCCGGCGACCCGGCCGCCAAGAAGCCCCGCUCUGACAGUCAGCCACCCCCCGCACCCGCACCCGCGACCGCCCCCCCACCCGCCGGCAACAACACUAAUGCCAUAGCCGCCGCCCCCGCCCCCGCCCCCGCCGCGGGCGUCCCCCGCGCCGCGUCCCCGCCCCCCGCGCCCGCGCUGCCCCCCGCCGAGACCGCCACGGAGGCCGAGGAGCGCUACGACGAAGAAUGAACACGGGGGGUAUGUUUGAGAUUACAAUUGCACACUGAAUACACCGGAAGAUAUUGGACCGAUGGUUGUCUAGCUCUGGCUGGCAGUGCUAAAUUGUGACGUUUUCAACCAAAAGGUACCACAUUGUCGUUUGUCGAUAAGGUUGAUUUCAAAUUGAAACUAUAUGGAAAUAGCGCCUUAUUGACAACAGACAAUAAGUAACCUUUUGGUUGAGAAUGGCACAAUUCUCUAUAGGUACAUAAUCACAAGUACAAAACUGAAUUAUGUACUGGAUUAUAGACAGUUUCGCUAUUUAAAUUGUAUUUUGUAUUGUUUUAAUUCUUUAGCAGCAUUAAGAUAUUUUUACGAACAAAAACAUAUCAAGCCAGAGGUUACCAACCUUCGAUCCUAUUUCUAUUGUCACAUCGAUUCAUCGUAAUACGUUUAUCAAUUACUGUCAAUGGCGUACACAAUUGUGACGUUUUCAACCAAAAGGUACCACAUUGUCGCUUGUUGAUAAGGUUGAUUUCUAAUCAGGGGUCGGAAACCGGUAUUUGCUCCAUACAAAAAUACCGGUAUUAUUACGUUCUUUUUCGUUCUUUUGUUUAUAAUUUCAUUUUUAAGGGGACGUUUUAAUAAUGCAAAAUUGUUUACUAAAUACAUGAUUCAGUCCUACGUAAUGAGCAUAAAAAAAUUCAAAAUAUUGGGCUAUUUCGGGGUUUUUAAAAAACACCGGUUCCGAGCCCUGUUUCUAAUUGAAGCUAUAUGGAAAUAGCGCCUUACUGACAGGCGACAAUAAGUACCCUUUUGGUUGAAAAUGGCACAAUUGUCGGUUCAAUUUACGUAAUAAGUAUAUCAAAAGCGCACUAAAGAUUGAAAAGGUCCUGAUAUGUGAAAAUAUGUUGUAAUAUAUCUCACUUUUAAAUUUUCCAACAAAUUGUAGAAAUUAUCGCGUUGCACUAAAGCGCCUCCCUAGCUAGCGUAAGACUAGCUUUAUUAAGAGCUUCAUACCAUUAGUAUAGCUAAGUUAGGGCAGGAGUUCUGAACCAUUAAGAUGACCCUUCACUUUCAAAGAAAACCGAAUGAAAACCAAAACUACAAGAAAACAGAAUGGAUUUACAUACUUAUAAAGAAUAAAGAUACCAGGGACCGGACAACCCUUUCCGCGAUAAAACCCUUUCAAUGGGCGACACUUAAACACGGCUAACACAUUGAAAGACUUUCCCUUUUGAACUGCAAGCCCAUUCAUACCCUUACCUUUGACUAACCCUUACCGAAAAGCUAACCAAAAAUAAGGCUAGCUCUUAAUAAGGGUUACCCUUAUCUUUAAGCGCUUUUUAUAAAGGUUUCCCUUUGCGUGAAAGAGACAGGAUUAGUAUAUAUCUACGGUAGUGUAUGAAAAGGAAGGAAAAUACGUGCCUAGUCAAAGAACGCCGCCGUCGCCGCCGACGAUCGCUCGGAUUCGAAGUAAUGUAUGCUUUAUGAAGAAGGUAGACGACUUAAAUUAGCACGCUUAUAUGCUAAAAGGGAAGCCCUUUAUAAGGCUAACCCUUAUAAGCAAUAUGCAAGGUGUUGGUGAGCGGAUGAUAAGGGUUUUGUAAGGGUAUUUGGGCUACCGAUUACUCAAAUGUGGUAGCUUUAUAUAAGGGUUUUUAAAACCAAAACAAAGGGUUUCGUCUGGCAAAGGGUAUGGUGAGUUAAGCCUUAUGCAAUACCCUUAUAAAACCCCGAUAAGGGAUAGCGGGCCGGUCCCUGAAAGUGACAUGAAAACUUUUGUGUGUCAACGCAAAAAGGUUGGGCAUCCCUGUUAUACGGAUAUUGUCCACUGGCUAUAUGUGCCAUUUUCAACCAAAAGGGUACUUAUUGUCGCUUCUCAGUAAGGCGCUAUUUCCAUAUAGCUUCAAUUAGAAAUCAACCUUAUUGACAAGCGACAAUGUGGUACCUUUUGGUUGAAAACGUCACAUAUGAAUACUUCGAAAUCUUUUUGAUAGAUCAUGAACAUAUAAUUUGAUAAGGAAUAAUCAUACGAUAAUAAACCGAAAAAACUAUUUUUUUAUAAUGUUAAUUAAUUAUGUUGAAAUUAAAUUAUAUGGUAUCAAUCAAUACCAUUUAUUUGUAUGCCAACCUCUUUCUACAGGAUGAUUCUCUUGAAAGUAUCUUAAACGUUGUAUUGUAUACCCAUGAAAGCAGCUGCUGAGCUACUUUCAAGAGAAUUACCUCGUACAAAAAGAUGCUAAACGAAAACCAGCUUGAUUAAAUAUUUGGGGCAUUUUCUAUGAAAAGGGACCUUAUUGUCGAUGGCGCUUAGGCCGCACAGCGUCGCGCGGCAUUGUAUUUAUAUCGGAACAUCGUUUAUAAUGACGUAAACGCCAUCGACACUAAGGUUCCUUUUUAUAGAAAAUACAACAUUUGGUCUCAUACAAACAUUUCAUCCUUACAAAAAAAUGAAAUCGAUUUAUACCAUAAUAAAAUUGUCAUAGUACGGUCCAGGAAUUUAUUUCAGUACCAUUUUGUACCUUGUCACAUUACAAUAGUAUGAGGUCCCUAGCGACUUUCAUAUUGAUUGUCACUGUGACAAGGUACGAAAUGGUACAGGAAAUAAAUUCUUCGACUACCAAUUGCAAAUGACAGAGCUUGUUGAUUAGGAGUAUCUGUUAGUGUUCAAUAUCAUCCAUCCUUCUCUAACGCACAAAGCUGGUUAGUGUGAAAGAGAAUACAAGCUGACGUAUGUACUGCGAUUCAUGUGAAGAUAAUCGCUAAGUGAUUUUAAAUUCUAUACCAUAGGGAUAGAGUUCAUAAUCGAGUGGGAAUCUUUUAGGCAGUGGGCAGCUUUUUAUAAACAGUCACAUAAAUGAUGAUUAACAAAUAUACGAAUACAACUGAAAUAUCAUGUAUAAAAUCAAAUUAAGUAUAACUACUAGACUCAAUAUAUAGUAUCAUCAAAUAAAUGUGUCGUUUUCAAGCAAAAGGUACCAC